AUUCGGACAUCUAAGCGUGGCUCACAUCUUGCUGGAGAAUGGUGCUGAUCUCAAUGCACAGAAUAAGUUGGGAGCCAGUGUCCUCACUAUGGCCUCCAGAGGUGGCCAUGUCAGCAUGGUGAAAUUGUUGCUGGAAUCCGGAGCUUUUGUAGACAAUUAUGACCAUUUUAGCACAAGUGUACUUAACAGCAGCAGAGACGACCUUCCUGAUAUCACUCCACUAAUGGCAGCUGCUCAGCAUGGACAUGAGGCAGUGGUACAUCUGUUAUUAGACUGGGGAGCUGAUUGUAAUUACACUGUGAAGACUAUGGGCUGGAGUCCUUUAAUGCUGGCAGCUGUUAGUGGAAAGGUGAGCUUGGCACAGCAGCUCAUGGAGAAGGGUGCCAAUCCUGAUCACCUGAAUGUACUACAUAAAACACCUUUUGAAAUCUCUGUUGGCUUCAAACACAAAGACAUGAAGGACUACCUAGAAUCUCUCACAACGAUCAGACCACAGGCAGAUACAGAAAAAAGGCAACCUGAUGUCUUUCAUGCUUUGAAAUUGGGAAACUUUCAGCUGGUUAAAGAGAUUGUUGAUGAAGACGCAAGUCAGGUCAAUAUUGCCAAUGUUGACGGCGCAUCUCCAUUAAUGAUUGCGGCUGUAACUGGGCAGCUGCCCCUUGUUCAGCUCCUUGUGGAGAAAAAUGCUGAUAUCGACAAACAAGAUAAUGUUCAUGGCUGGACAGCACUAAUGCAGGCCACGUACCAUGGAAACAAAGACGUUGUAAAGUAUUUGUUAAAUCAAGGAGCUGACGUCAAUCUUCGUGCAAAAAAUGGAUACACAGCUUUUGACCUGAUAAUGCUGCUGAAUGAUCCAGACACAGAGCUUGUACGGUUGCUGGCAUCAGCGUGCAUGCAAGUAGACAAAGACAAGAAUAAACUGAGCAACAGAUCAUCUUUGCCUUGUUCCAGAAGUAGGCAAUCCUUGAAUGUCCCAAUGUUGCCAGAUGACAAAGGAGGUCUAAAGUCCUGGUGGAGCAGGAUGUCCAAUCGAUUCCGCAAGCUGAAGCUGACUCAGACAUUGCGCCAUGGAUUUCCUUCCAAUCAGUUUGUGCCUUUUCCUGAUGAGCCUGAACCAUCAUUAAAUGCCACCAUAAAAGCAGUUUCACAGAGUGAUGCGGACACCUCUGGAAACCUCGAUGCUGCUAUGGCUCGGAUCACAAAUAACAAAGCUAGUGAUGUGAACACUGCAAAAGGCGGAAAGGAAGAUGAACUAUUGACAACCAUGUUGAGAAGCAGUGCUCCGUUUACCAGGCUGCCCAGCGAUAAACUGAAAGCAGUGAUACCCCCUUUCUUACCGCCCUCAAGUUUUGAGCUUUGGAAUUCUGACCGAACGCGAAUCAGCAAAGAUGGCAAAGCUGAACAGAUGAGAACUGCCUGGCCACAGAGAGCCAUCAAGCAUGAUUUUAACAGCAGUGGAAACUCUGAUAUAACAUCUGUUAGCAAAGGUACUAGACCAGUCAAAUUACCAGUAUUUGCAAGAAGACCUGCAUCUCCUUCAAAUUCCAACAACUUCAACCAUUCUCCCCAUUCUUCUGGUGGGUCCAAUAACAUUGCAGGAAUUAGCAGACAUGGAGGAGAACUGCAUAACAGAUCAGGUGGGAGUGCAGAUAAUGUUUUGUCUCAGAUUGCAGCACAGAGAAGAAAAGCAGCAGGUUUACCUGAACAGAAACCCAGUCAACAGCAUAGUCCAGUCCAGUCAACUCCUUCAUCCACUCCGUCUGAUUUGCAAUGUGCUCAAGUUGUUGGCAAUGGACAUGUUGUAAAGCAAAAACAAGACAUGAACAAAAGACCUCCGUCUGGGACUUCAUCUACAUCUAAAAGCACAUCACCGACUCUCACACCCUCCCCAUCACCCUCCCCGUCUCCUAAGGUUCACAACACAGAGUCCUCUCUCUCUCCUUCUCACAGACAGACCAAGAGCAAUGGUUCCAGCAGUGGUACUAUUACAGAAGAUGGUAACCACUUGAUGGACCAUCAACAGCUUGUCCCUAUUCUGAGAACGAGUGAUGUAGAGAAUCAGGAAAGACGAAACCAUGUGAGAGUAAAAGGAGGCUCUGAAAACUUGGAGAAAGAUGAGCUGACUGGCAUCCUUAAAAAAUUGUCACUUGAGAAGUAUCAGCCUAUUUUUGAGGAACAAGAGGUGGAUAUGGAAGCCUUCCUUACGCUCACUGAUGGUGAUCUGAAAGAGCUGGGUAUUAAAACUGAUGGAUCAAGGCAGCAAAUUUUGGCAGCUAUUUCUGAACUGAAUGCAGGAAAGGGACGAGAAAGACAGAUUUUACAAGAAACAAUACACAACUUCCACUCUUCCUUUGAGAGUAGCGUUAGUAACACACGACCUCCAGGUCAUUCCCAGUCACCUGGCUGCUCUGUAAAACCACAAGAAGCUGUUCCUCCUAAAAGGUGUCAGUGCUGUACAUUUGAGAAGAACAAAGUCAGAAGAGCAGGAAGAAUGAGUGACCAUAUAAGAAGAUUCAUGUUUUCACUCUACUCUUGCCCAUAG